GUCCACGCCCCCUCCCCCUUCCAGCCGGUCUCAGCCGCGCGCGGAUUGAGUCAAGUGAACCUACCGAGAGGUGGUGUUGACCGACCGCAGCAGGUUUUCAUUGAGAAACCUGAAAAAUACAACUUCUCAAGGCAACUGACAGCAACGCAAGGACCUUACAUUUUUAACGGAAGGGUCGGCGGUACCAGAGUUGAGGCGAAACGGCGAAGAGAAGAAAGUAAAUCCUGAAGUGAGCUUGGAGGAUCAAAGCUAAUGCUAACUCUGCUAGCUAAAUAAUUUCACGGAAACUCGUGUCGUUUUAUUAGUCACCUGCUUUGACAUAGACACUGUGCUCACACAGUAGAUAGCUGGGGGAAAUUAAGUAAGUUAUAUCAUUCACUUAAUAUAAAUAGUGUGAUCUCCUGCCUUAACAUUGUAGGCCAUAAGCGACUGCUGCUCCAUUAGCAAGAUUAGCUACAAUAGCCGGUCUUCUUGAGGUCCCACCGGCUCUGCUGUGCUCAGGACAGGUGAUACUCAGGACAGGUGAUACUGCUAAAGAUAGUUUCAAAAACCUGCUAUCAGGGUUUAUAAGUUAGCACACGUUUGGUGUUGUCUAAGCCUUGUGCUUCGCAAUGCUGAAACAACAGCAGCAACCCGGCUCAGGCGGGAGAAAGGCGUCUAACGGAACCUCGGGCCCCGGUGGCAUGUCUUCCCCAGCCAGCGGCAUCAACAGUGGCAGCAGGACACCGACCGGGAGGAAUCGACCCUCUGCGAAGCCAUCAUUCCAGUCAUCACCUGGGUUCGAUGGUGUGUACAACAAUGCUAGAAUGCUUCAUUUCCUCACAGCUGUUGUGGGCUCUACCUGUGACAUUAGAGUGAAGAACGGCAGCGUAUUUGAAGGCAUAUUCAAGACUCUCAGUUCACGGUGUGAGUUGGCUGUGGACGCUGUACACAAACGCGGUGAGGAGGAGGGCCCAGCAUCAGUUCCACCACGAAGGGAGGAAAUCACAGACACUAUGAUCUUCAGCCCCUCAGACCUAGUGACUAUGAUCUGCAGAGACGUCGACCUAAACUUUGCCACCAGAGACACCUUCACAGACACAGCCAUCAGCUCCACCCGCGUCAACGGGGAACACAAAGAGAAAGUUCUGCAGAGAUGGGAGGGAGGAGACAGCAAUGGAGAGAGCUACGAUUUAGAAAACGAUGCAUCCAACGGUUGGGAUGCCAAUGAGAUGUUCCGUUUCAAUGAAGUUAAAUAUGGAGUGACGUCAACGUAUGAUUCCAGCCUCUCCAUGUAUACUGUACCACUGGAGAGAACCAACAAUGACAACUAUCGGCAGAGGGAGGCACGCGCCGCUCGCCUGGCCAGCGAGAUCGAGUCAAGCCCUCAGUAUCGCCAUCGUGUCAACCUGGAGAACGAUGACUGCAAAACAGAGGAGGAUAAGUUCAGCGCUGUGGCGCGCGACAGCGGCGAUCGUGAGAGGGGACGUGAGAGCCCUCGUGACAGGGAGCGAGAAAGGGGCCGAGACAGCCCCGGGGCUGGCAACAGGGAGGGAAAGUAUAUUCCAUUACCUCAACGCCAGAGAGAGAUGAACCGCGAGCGAGCCGAGAGAGGUCCUGGUGGGCCUCCAUCCCACAACCGUCUCAGCGGAGGUUAUCGCUCCAACCCUCCAUCCUCCUCUUCCCCAAGACCCCCACUUCCAUCUGCUGCUGGACCUCAGUCUGGUGCCUCUCCCGCAGAGAGAAGCAGCCCUCUGUCAGGCCGUGGAGGGGCUUUUGCUCCACACCACCAACAGGGGAGCCCCAGCCCAGGCCCAGGCUCUGGCCCCGCAAGCCCAGCCACGCCCGCUUCUGCUGCCCCAUCCUCAACCAGUCCCCCUGCUCCACACGGACACACAGUCCCUCAUUCCCAGUCACUCCCACACUCGCUAUCUGACGCUGGCAGGCCCGUAAACGGAGUUUCCAGAACGUCUCCUAAAGCCCAAAGACCUCCACAGUCGAGCCGAACAGCCCGCACUUCAAACUCACAUUCUCAGUCUACAGCCACUCGGUCUCCUAAAACCCAGGACACGCCUUAUUUGGACACAUCGUCCGUCACCCUGCCUCCCGGGAAGACGUCUGGCCCCGCCCCUCUUUUCCCUGUCGAUGUGAAUGAGAUCCUCGGUGCAGCUGCAAAAGAACGAGCAGCGGAGAUUGCCGCCAGCACAGAGGAAGGAAAAGGUGGUAAAGCUCCCUCCGUUCAGCAAAGGUCGCAGAUUGAGGAGCUGCGGAAAUUCGGCAAGGAAUUCAGGCUCCAAGCCAGUGGAGGCAGCUCCAGCUCUCCCAGCUCCCCAGCAGCAGCGACCCCUCCUGCCAUCAGUGAGGUCGCCCAAACAGCUGCUGCCAAAUCCUCCCCGUCAGACGCUCACCCUGCUUCAGAGUCCAAACCUCAGUCUGGCACUCCCAGUCCUUCCCAGCCUCAACCGCAGCCCUCACCCGCCCCAGCUGACGACGCCACCAAGGACACCACAGCCUCACCUGCCACCACAUCAAGCAUUUCAGACAGACACUCACCGGCCACCCCGCAGCCAGCGAGGACCCCGGGAAGUGACGACGCCAGGUCUGAGACAGGGGAAAGGACAGAGGGCGUGGCAGACCAAGUGAAGAAAUCAACAUUAAACCCCAACGCUAAAGAGUUCAACCCCAUCAAAGUUCAGAUGCCCAUGACAAAGCCCAACACUGCGCCCACCCCACCUCGGCCCACUCCCCCGAGCCCAGUGGUUCUCCAGCACCCAGGCGGACAGGGGCCCCUUUACAACGCACCCUACCUGUCCUACGUGUCACAGAUCCAUUCUGUGCAGCCUCCACCAAUGUACCAGUACACCAUGUCUACAGUCGGCCAGGGAAAAUACCCCAGGACUAAAGUCUUGAUAACACCAGGCUCAGUCGUGGCUCAACGCACCGACCAUGGCACGUCAGCACCCCCCAUGUUGCAGGCUGCAGCGUCAGCAGCCGGGGCCCCUCUAGUCGCGUCCCCCUACCCUCAGUCCUACCUCCAGUACAACCCACAGCAGUACAGCCAGCAGCAGGUCAUCCAGGCCAUGACACCCUACCCUGGACAGCCCAUGUACUCAAUGCUGCAGGGUGGAGCCAGGAUGAUUGGUCAAGGCGGAGGCCCCCACCCACAAGCACUGGGACCCCCAGGAGGCCCUCAGUUUCCUACACAGGGAGACGGACCUCAGGGACAGCAGGGCAUCUAUGCUCAACAGUCUUUCCCCCACCACUCGGGUGCAGUUCAUCAGCCCCAGCCUUCUAGUACCCCCACAGGCAACCAGCCCCCUCCCCAGCAUGCUGCACCUAGCCCAGGACAGAAUGCCCAGUCAGGCCCACAGCCCCAGUCUUUGUACCACUCAGGUCCCCUGUCAGCACCCACACCACCCAACAUGACCCAAGGCCACACGUCUCCACAGGGCUCUUAUCCCAUCCAGGGCUACAGCAUCCACAGCCACCAGGGCAUCCCACAGACAUAUCCUCUGGGACAGUUAGCACAGGCCCACGUACAAGGAGCCAUGUCAGGUCCCCACCACUCGGGGAGCCACGGUGGGCCCCAGUUAGUCAUGUUACAGCCUCCUCAGCAGGGUCCCGGCUCAGUGCCCCAACAUCCACAGCACGGACCUCAGCAAGGAGCACACCAACACUUCUAUAUAGGGCAUCCACAAGCGAUGCAGGUACCAACACAUCCUGCUUCCUUCCAUCAACCUGGAAACUAACCCCUAUCUACACCCUCCCCUCCUAACCCACCCCAAAAACUGCUCCCAGGAAUGAGCCCUGACAUCCCCUCUACCUGCUGGAGGUGAAGCCCAGACUGAGCGCCACACUGGGGAAAGAAAAAAAAAAGACAUUAUCGUACACAGGAGAGAAGAGGACAAAAAGUCUCACAGCACCUUAUUCUCCUGCCCCACAUUAGGGGGACCUUUUUAAUUCUAAUGUUGAAGAUUACAGAGGAAAGCAGCGGUGUCCGACCCCCCCCCCCCCCCCCCAUCCCGCCGCUGCCAUCAUGCUCCUCUCUCCAGCUCAUUCCUGUUUCAGAGACAUGAAGCACCUUGCUGGGCGGACCAGUCGCAGAAGACACUUAAACCUAAAGUGUUUUUUUUGCCAUGUGAGGUUUUAUAAGUACCAUGACACAAGAGGGAAACGCAGACUGUGCCGGAUUUUCAUGAACGCAGCAUGAGAUAAAAGCAGGGACUGAAGGAGGGGUUUUUAGCAUUUUUUUUUUAACUCAAUACAGUAGUUAAAGCCACCCCCUUUUUGCCCUUCUUCUCUCCUGUAGGAAAAUAUAAUUAAUAAAAAAUGGACAAGACAAAAAAAAUAUUAAAACAACAAUGACCAAAAAAUAAAGUUUUCAACUCAACUACAAA